GGGAUGGGGCGGUGCGGGGCCGCCCUGCGCCUGGCCCUGGAGGGGAACAUCGGACCUUGUGUGUGGGACACCCAGGCUCACCCCACAUUCCCAGGAGCUGAGAUGGGGGACAGCCAGGCUCAACCUGUGUCACCGUGAGCCAGCACAGGGGACAUCCAAGCUCAGCCCACAUUCCCAGGAGCCAGGAUGGGGGAACACCCAGCUCACCCUGCGUUACUGGGAGCUGGGACGAAGGAACACCCAAACUCACCCCACAUCCCAGGAGCCAGGAAGGGAUGGACACCCAGGCUCACCCUUCUCUCCUCCCCCCUCCCACAGCCGUGGGGAAAUCGACCUUCCUGAAGCUGCUCGGAGCCACCUUCCCGCGAUGGCACCUGGUGACAGAGCCCGUGGCACAGUGGCGGAAGGUGCCGGCCGGGGGCACUGCCCAGGAAUCCACAGGCUCCACCAACCUCCUCCAGAUGAUGUACCAGGAGCCGGCCCGCUGGUCCUACACCUUCCAGACCUUCUCCUUCAUGAGCCGGCUGAAGGCGAUGCUGGAGCUGCCCGAGGAGCCCCCUGGGACCCCCCACCCCGUGAGGGUCUUCGAGCGCUCCGUGUACAGCGACAGGUACAUCUUUGCCAAGAACCUCUUUGAGGUUGGGCACCUGAAUCCUCUGGAAUGGGCCAUUUACCAGGACUGGCACGGCUUCCUGCUGCAGCACCUGGGCCCCCGUGCCACCCUCCAUGGCUUCCUGUACCUGAGGGCAACCCCACAGACGUGCCUGGAGCGGCUGCGGCGGCGGGCGCGGAGCGAGGAGGGGGGGAUCCAGCUGGGAUACCUGGAACAGCUCCAUGCCCAGCAUGAGCACUGGCUGGUGGACAAGACCACGGAGAUCCACUUUGGGGACGUGCAGCGCGUGGCUGUCCUGGUGCUGGACGUGGAGCAGGACUUCGAGCACGACAGGGCCGUGCAGGGGGUGCUCAUGGCACAGGUGGAGGCCUUUGUGACAUCCCUCGGAGCUGAUCCCUCACCGUCACAUCCCGCUGCUCUCUGAGCACAUCCUGGUACCCUCCGGAGCCGGGAAAGGGCAUCACCCGCCUGGAGAUCCAACACCAAGGACAAGGGACAAAUCCUGGUCCCCAACCACCCCCUCAGCCCAUUUAUUCUGGGGGAGGGGUGGAUUUGAACCGCUCUGGGAUGGUUUUAAGGCAGAUAAUCAGAGGCGCGGCCGUGGGAUGAGUUUUGGGGUGUCAGGGUGGACUCCCCACGCUCCCCCUGUGCUUGUGGGACCAGCUGUGGCCCUGUGUUUCCCCCCAUACUUGGGGGGACAUGUGAGACCUGUGAUCCCAUGUUUGCCCCUGUACUUGGGGGACCAGCUGUGACCCCAUAACCCCGUGUUUGACCCCAUAACCCCGUGUUUCCCCCCAUAUCUGGUCACGGUCGUGACUCCUCCCCAUCUUUUGGGAUCCCCAGCUGGGGAUGCUCCAUAGGGUGGAUUUAAUGCACUGGUUAAAUUCCCAUGGAAAACGAUCAUGGCUCAUGUUUAAGUUUCCCCAACCCCUGUAUUUAAUUAUUUUAUAGGUAUUCUUUUUCCCUUAAAUUAAAGCAAAUCAAUGUUGA